UGGGGCGGGCCUGGCGGGCGCCAGCGCUCUGGUCCCUCGGCAGCAGCGCAUUCUCCGUUACUGGCCUGGCAGACCCGGGUCGCGCUGCCGCUGCCGCGAGCCGCGAGGGCAGAGGGCACUGUGGGGGCAGGACUCAUCCACCCCACCCCCAGAUGUUCUUCAGAGCUGCCUGGAGCUUGGUGCUGAGGAGAGGAGGACUCGGAUCGCGAGGGAUCCACAGCCCAGGAGACACCGCCCAUAGCAAGGGGAAGAUGCCCCCCUACACCAACUACCACGCCCAGCGCUCCUACCCCAUGCCAGACGAGCCCUUCUGCACAGAGCUCAAUGCGGAGCAGCGGGCCCUGAAGGAGAAGGAGAAGGGCAGCUGGACCGAGCUGAGCCACGCCGAGAAGGUGGCCUUGUACCGGCUCCAGUUCCACGAGACCUUUGCGGAGAUGAAUCGCCGCUCCAAUGAGUGGAAGACAGUGAUGGGCUGUGUCUUCUUCUUCUGUGGAUUCACAGCUCUGCUGAUUUGGUGGCAGCGGGUCUAUGUGUUCCCUAAGAAGCCCAUCACCCUGACGGCUGAGUGGAAGGCCCAGCAGCUCCAGCGCAUCCUGGAUAUGAAGGGCAACCCCGUGCAAGGCCUGGCCUCCCAGUGGGACUAUGAGAAGAAGCAGUGGAAGAAGUGACAGGCCUCCCAGGCUCCUCCUGCAGCCUCACCCCAGCCCGGAGCUGUGGAGGCCCCUCCCCUCUCCUGAACCCCAAUAAAGCUGACCUGUUGUCUCCUGCC